GAUGAUGAAUGAAACGGGGCUUCGCAGGAUCCUCCCUGAACAGUAUUCAGGGAGUGGGCACACUUCUGGCACCUCACGCCACCCAAGCAUCAUCGACCCCAUCCUGUCAAAGCGGGUCUGCUUCUACAAAAGUGGCGACCCUCAGUUCAACGGUCUGCGGCUGGUCAUCAACAACCGCACCUUUAAGACCUUUGACGCCCUCCUGGACAGCCUCUCUAAGAAGGUUCCCCUGCCGUUCGGGGUGAGGAACAUCACGACUCCUCGGGGAGUUCAUGCAAUCAACACUUUGGAUGAACUCGAGGAUGGAAAAUCCUACAUCUGCUCUGACAGCCGUAAGGUAAAACCUAUCAAUUUGGCCCUGGCCAGGAAGAAGCUGCCACCUUGGUACCAUGCCAGACCUGCUAGUACACGUCGGCGGACUGUGCAGCAGGCCAGGUUCUUCCCAGGUCGGAGUCUCCAUAAGCAGGAGCAGACGCUUGUGCGAACCCCAAAGAGGCUGCUGGUGUUUUGCAAUGGAGACCCCACUGUUAAACACACGGUGGUGCUUAACAACAAGACCACACGGAGCUAUGAGGCAAUUCUGGAAUAUAUCUCAGCACUGAUGCAGUUCCAUGUGGUGAAACUACACACUCCUGAUGGCAGACGUGUUGAUGGUCUUCCAGGCUUGAUAUUGUGCUCUGGAACUGUGGUGGCUGUAGGCAGGGAGCCUUUUAGACCCGCAAUCUACUCCGAACAGAAAUCACCGGCUCCAAAAUGGCUGCACACCAAGCCAAUGGCUGACAGAAGACAAAAGGCUUUGAACUUUAAAAAGAAGUCUCUACCAUAUUCUUCAAAGUCAAGGAAUUUCUCCCCAUCAUCAGAGCGGUACAUCGUUCAUCAGAUUCAUAACAGAAUCACAGAGAGUUCGUGUGAAAUACCCAGCAAUCCCACUAACUCAGUCGAGUUUGAGUCCAGUCGUAUACUGGAGUCAGUAUCGGAGACGGAAGAAGACAUCUGCCUCGGCGAUGGAGCUGACGGACAGAUCUGCUCGCUGCCCAGCGAGGACGACAUUGAAAAGUCCUUUCGGGUGAAUCAAGAUGGAAGCAUGACAGUGGAGAUGAAGGUGCGGCUGACAAUUAAAGAAGAGGAAACUGUCCACUGGACGACCACCCUGUCACGCUCCAGCGUAGCCAACCAGCUUAAUGCAGCCUGUUUACCGGAGCCUGAGGCAGAGCAGGAGAUCUGCUCACUGAAAUCCACCUCACUGGAUUUACAAAGUCCUACUUCUUCCAUCGACACUAUCAACAAAGACAAAUCUAAGGACAACGAUGAUGAGGAUCCACCAUCGCCAAGCAACGGAGCUUUCAGUGAGAGUGGUACUGAAGAGGAUGAGAUCAAAAGUCACACCGAUGUGGCGUCCCCCACAAGAAAUCCUACCCCAGGACACAAACAAAUUAGCACAAAGCAAGCCUCUGUGGAGAGCAUCAAAUCGGUGACGGCAGGUGAGAUUCAGGAGGGAAUGAUUGGCUCUUACUCCUACAUAGAACAGACAGAAAAUAGAACCAUGACAGAGCAAUACUGCAUGAUCAAACAGAGCAGCACCAGACCAGUACCCAAACCUAGAAGACUUGGCUCUGUGGACACCAACAGCAGAAAUGUCUCUGCAUUCAAAUCAGCAGGAAUAAUGCAGAUUGAUUCCAGUGGAGAGGAGGUCACUGAAACUGUCUUACACAUAUAUGAACAACAGACUUGCCAGGACAAUUUCCUUGCAAAUGUUUGCACACACAGUGUGUCUGCUUCUGGGAUUACUUUCAGUAGACCGGCGACUGCUGAAACAGGACAUCUUUCCUCGAGUAACGAAUUUGAACCUGAGCUCUGGAGACCCUCAACUGCCUCUGAGUCCAUUAAUAUCUGGAGGGCUGAGAGUGUGAAAUCAGAUUUAAACUUGCCAUCAUUGAAGACUGCUGCAGUUGAAGCUGCGAAUAAACAGCAACAAUUCCAAAAGUCCACAAAAAGCCAAAUCAAGCCCCAAGAAAAGAGGGUAUCCCCAAAACCCAAGGUGAUCAACAAAGAUGUUCGGCGGCUUCUGACACCAGGGAAUAGACAAAAAGAGAAUUCGACAGGAGCAGUAGAGUCACGGAAGAAAGUAAGGACGCCUCCAACUUUCUCCAGUGUUGGGUUUAUUAAGAGGAUUUACGGAAAUAAAUUUAAAUCAGCAAAAACUAUGAAAAGGCUAAAAAAGAGGCAGGCACAAAACAGGGAUUGUGGCUAA